UCUUCUGACGAGCGGCGCUUACAUCACAAAGUGCAUCCAACAAACCAGCCAGUAACGUAUGCUUCUUUUUUUUAAAGAGGGAAAGAAACUGUAGUGAUUUGGGUACGGUAAAGUGAGGGAAGGUACCUAAAGCAAAAGAAACUUAAGAAUGGACCCCAAAGUUUCACCAAGUGCCCCUUCUGCUGGUGGAGAGGAGAAAUCGGGCAUGGAUAAUCAGCCUCCUCCGUACCAGAACAAUUAUGGUGCUGAUUGCCUGCUACCUCAAGGGGUUUUCCCCAACCAAUCUGGCUACCCUCCAGGGCAGCCUCACGAAGCUCCAUAUGGUCAGCCCUACCAGGUACCGUACCAGGGUAUGUACGCCGGCCAGCCCAUCGUGGUCGCACAGCCUACUAUGUAUGUGACGUCUGGACCACUUGCUCAGCCUUUGCCUGAUUACUUGGGUUAUUCCAUCUUCACACUAUUGUGCUGCUGCCUACCAAUAGGUAUUGCAGCACUCAUCUACUCUAUAAAUACACGAGAUGCCAACAUGAGCGGGAACAGACCUCAGGCAGAGAAGAGCUCCCACUUGGCACGCAUCUUGAACCACACGGCUCUAGGCCUCGGAAUUGUGGCUAUUGUUGUUUCUAUUGUGAUUGUUGUCAUCACAACCAUUUCUGCUUCCUAAACUACUUUGCACAAUCACUGCCCACUUAAAUAAGCUGGCUCUAGCCAGAGAUCAGGGCAAAAUUCAAAAAACAUAAAGACUGUAAUAAUGUAAGAGUGUAUAUGUAAUAAUCUGCCUUUUAAAAUCAUCACUAACAUUCUAUAAAUUAUUUACUUUUGCUGAGGAUUGAAAGAUUUACCUAUUAGCAAUGUGAAUAAUACAUAGAACAAUUAUAUAAAACUGUCCGAUGUCUGAAAUGUACCAAAAAAAAUAAAAAAUAAGUGCAUUAAAAUGCAUUACCAACAUAUAAUGACUUACUGUUUUCAAAAUUGAAAUAAAUAUCCU